AAGCACUACCCUGUUCUUCGGCAACACACACAUACCUUAGUGCACCUGUUGACUGUAACCCAGGGCAGUCUUUACGGAUUGUUACCUCAAACUGAAAAAGAAGCAGCACAGACUGACAACAGUGCUGUCUGAGAAGAUCAACUUCAAGCAUGGCUGCUACCAUCGGCCUCCUCCCUGAGAAGCACUUUUUGUGCUCUCUGUGUCGAGACAUCUUCAUGAGCCCAGUGACCAUACCGUGUGGACACAGCUUCUGCUUGUCGUGUCUCAGCCACUACUGGACACGACACCAGUCCAAAUACUGCCCUCACUGUAGGAGAGUGUUUGCUGACAGGCCCGAUCUCAGUGUCAACCACAUUCUGGCAGAUGUCUCUGAAAACUACAGGCAGAUCCGACCUCAGAAACCACCAGAUGAGGAAAUGGUACCUUUUUUUCUUUCGUCAGUCAUUCAAACCACAUGUAAUCUCAUAAACAUUGUAAAAUUCGUGUGUGCUAAUGUCAGUGAUGCACAUGUGCAGGUUAUAGAUGUUGAGCAAAUGAUUCAGGAAAGGCUACAGAAGAUAGAAAGACUGAAAUACUCUCUUGAGCUUCAGAAGAGUUCCUACCUCAGAGAGGUAAGAGAGAGUCAGAAGGUCUUCUCUGCCCUCGUAAAUGCUAUGGAGAAGAGUCACAAAGCGGUUGUUGCAGUGAUUGAGGACAAACAGAGAGAGGAGGAGAAGAGAGUGGAAAUACUGAUGAAAGAGAUCGAACAGGAGAUUGAGGAGCUGAGGAAGGAAAUGAGCAGACCCGACCCUCUGAUUUCUGUAAAUGGUGAUCAAAGUGAUGACACAAAGCAGAUAUCCAUGCUCUCUGAGAUGAAGGACUGGUCCAAGAUUACCAUAGAAACUGACCCUUGUGUUGGGGUCACCAGAAAAGCAUUGUCAGGUGUAUUGGAAAAAAUAAAGGUAGAAGUCAACAGACUCUCCAAAGCUGAACUUCGGAGAAUUGAGAAAUACACAGUGGAUGUCAACCUAAGUGCUAAAACAGCUCACCCCUUCCUGGCCGUCUCAGAAGACAGAAAGCAGGUGAGGCAUGUGGACAAGCUUCAGGAAGUACCAGAUCACCCGAAGAGAUUCGACCGUGUGGCAAACGUGCUGGCCAAAGAAAGCUUCAGCAGUGGGAGGAGCUACUGGGAGGUGGAGGUUGGCGAAAAGAUUGAAUGGAACCUGGGUGUUGCCAGGCAGUCCAUAAACAGGAAGGGCAAGUUCACUGUGUGCCCUGCAAAUGGUUUUUGGACUUUAAGCCUGAGGGCUGGAGGCCAGUUCAUUGCCAACACCUCUCCCGUCACCUCAGUGGCUGUAGAUCACCGACCCAGGAGGGUGGGAGUGUUUCUGGAUUACUCAGAAGGCCGGGUGUCCUUUUACUGCGCAGAAUCUGGAGUCCACAUUCACACCUUCACAGAUACCUUCACUGACAGGCUUCAUCCGUUUUUCAGUCCUGGUCGCCUGCAUGGUGGCAAAAAUGCAUCUCCCUUAACCAUCAGUUCUAGUUUUUGCAGCAUCUGAACCUCAAAAUACAGUUUCACAAUAUGUAGAGCUGCCAUGCUUAUACUUUUUGUAUCUAUUCAAAAUAUUUAUUCAUAAUAAAAAUUCAUUUCACAAUCUACAA